UCCUCCCGUGACGCUUUUCGGUGGGAGAGCUAACGCACAUGUUGCUUUUUGGAAUAGCCGCGGUGAUUAUCGGUAUUUAGGAAAAUCUGUUUGGCAACCACUCCAAGGAACAUGUUCGUGUUGUUCUGCUGCAGCUGAGCAAACUGUUUAUCGAUCUGUUAUUAUAAUUAUAAAGACAUUGAUUUACUAGUUAAAAACACGGUUGUUCAAACAUUCAGCUAUCUUUAGCAGGACUGUAAAAACAUGGAGAUUGAGAACAGGGAUUUCAUGAACACUCCGCCGAUGAAGAUUGUGCGCUUUGGAGGAAAUGUUGUGGACACGCUGACAAAGUUUAAACAAGGUGACACGCGCGAUUAUGAGUUGUUAAAACACCAGCUGACGGACCCGGACAUCAAAGAUGCCCAGAUCAUUAACUGGCUGCAGGAGUUCCGUAACUGUGUGACUCAGCUGACCAAGGACCACGAGCAGCUGGUGUCCGUCGUCCUGAGAUUGCCCUGGCUCAAAAGAAGCCCGUCAGUGGUGGAGGAGUACCUGGCGUUCCUCAGCAACCUGGUCUCUGCUCAGACUGUUUAUCUGAGGUCUUGUCUGAAAAUGAUUGUCUCCAAUUUCACACCUGGGCGAAUUAUUGUCCAGGAAGGAGAUGUCAACAUUUCAGACUCAGACGAUGAUGACGAAAACUUUCCCAGGACCUUUGACCUUUGCCAUCAAGGCUUGCAGAUGAUUGGACGAUAUGUUCCAUCCACCAGCAGGUUUCUGAUGCCCAUUCUUUGCGAGAAAUUCCCCUUUAUGCACAAAUCGGCGCGCACACUGGAGUGCUACGUGCACAACGUGCUCCGGGUCUCCAUAUCCUUCCCGGUCCUGCGACGGGAGAUCCUGGAGCUGGUCGUGGGGAAGAUGCUCAAGCUAGACGUGAGCGCCCCCCACAGGGAGAUUGAGGAAGUGGAGGAGAGCGCCGCAGCCCAGCGGCUGGCUAGCGAUGGCGGUCAGGACGAGUGCCUGUUUGACAUGGAGGAUGAGGAAGGGACGCCCAAGGCGCCACCUGCAGCCGGGGAGCACUGCGGCAUGGCGCAUCCGGUGGCCGAGCAGCUGGACAUGCUGAUGUGCGUGCUGCUGGCGUACGUGAAGGACGUCUGCCACGAGAACGGCACGCUGCUCCUGGAGAACACGAAAGCGCUGUACCGGGACCUGGUGUCGGUCUUCGACAAGCUCAUCCUCCCCACUCACGCUUCCUGCCACGUGCAGUUUGUGCUUUUCUACCUCUGCAGCUUCCGAUUGGGCCUUGCUGAGGCCUUCCUGGAGCACCUGUGGAAGCUGCUGCAGAACCCCUCCCAGGCGGCAGUGCUGCGCUACACCGCGGCCGGUUACAUCGGCAGCUUCCUGGCCCGGGCCAAGUUUGUCCCCGUGAUCACGGUGAAGGCCUGUUUGGAUCUGUUGGUGCCUUGGCUGCACCAGUACAUCGACAACCAAGAUGCGAACUCCGCGACCUUCUGCGACAUCACCCUGCAUGGGCCCUUCUACGCGGCCUGCCAGGCGGUCUUCUACACGCUGGUCUUCAGGCACCAGGCCAUCCUGGAGGGGAACAUGCGUAAAGGUCUCUCCUACCUCCAGGGCCUGAACCUGGAGCGCGUUGUGAUGAGUCAGCUGAACCCGCUGAAGGUCUGCUUGCCUCCCAUCACCUCCAUGUUCGCCGCCAUCACCAGGAAGUAUCAGCUGGUCUUCUGCUACACCAUCAUCGAACGCAACAACCGACUCGUGCUGCCCGUGGUCAGAAGUGGCCAAGGGGGCGACGCCCAGCCAGCCAACACCAACCCCCUAGACAGUUUCUUCCCCUUUGAUCCCUACCUGCUGAAGAGGUCAGGGAAGCUCAUCGAGCCUUUGUACCAGGUGUGGAAGGAGCCCAGCGACUGCGAGGUAGACUCUCCCAAAAAAGCCGGCAGAAAGGACCCUACAGAGGAGGAGGAUGACUUUCUGCACGGGGAGACCCCACAGGCGGAUGCCAUGGUGGGCAUCACCCCAGGCUCCUAUGAGUCACAGCCCCAGAGCCCUAGCAGUGUGGGGUCCCCCCCGGUCACCUUCCUUCACCGGCCCUUCUAGCCAUGAGCUGCGACCUCACCAAGAUGGCUGCCGACCCAGCGAGCCCACGUCCUGCAGUCAGGGCUACCCCCCCCCUCUCUGAGAGCUCAGGGGUGCCCCCCACUCUGUCCUCUACUUCAGAGUCUCCCAGGGGACAAAACUCCCCAGAACCGGUACCGUCAAGCCAUCAGGCAGGCUGGUCCACAGUCCAGUACACAAGGUCCGAUUGGACACUGAAGGUGGGAGUGAAGAGGCUGGGGUCCCUCCUGUACCCAGUAUGAUGUGGGGUCUGACGCAGUUGGAGUUCAUGAUGGUGGGACCCUGCUCAGUGGUGUGGGUUCUGGGUCCAUGUUUUAAUACCCGGUAGACGAGGUAAAUCUACCCAUUUACGUUUAACUAGAAGCGGAAGGUCCUUCCUGUUGGUACGGGAACUGCAUUCUGGGGAAUCCUUUAAUGAGGACUGCAGUGACUCUGAAAACGGGGUGUCAGACCCCCAGGACUCGGAGUCGCUCUUGCCCAAACCGCAACCCGUCCGGAUCCCUCUGUGCAUGUCUCUCUCUCCAUUGGAGCACUUUGUGUGGGACACUCAGUCUGAUGCGAUCAUGCAGACGUUGGCUGCACUUCAGCUCACAUGAGUUUACGUCUGUGUUGUUAUGGCUGAAUUCUCUGAACAAUUGUGUUUGAUAUAAAACUCUAAUGAGGUUGCUGCUUGUAUUCGGGGACGGUUUGGGGCUGAAACGGACCUUGGAUAUAGAGGGUCUGUAACAUUUGCCCCGGUGCCUGAGUAACCCUGAUCUCUCCUCGUUCCGAAAGCAUCACCACGGAUCUUUGCAUCUUGGUGAGAGUCGCUGGCUCGUCCGGUGGCGUGGGAUUAAGGCGGAGUCACGUUCCCGAACCUCAGGGUGGCGUCACCAUAACCGGUCCGCCAUAACCGGGCACCGGGGAGCACCUGUUUACUGCACAAAAUCUGUCCCGCCUCAGUGAAUUAGCAGCCAAACAGUAAUUAAUCUGCAAAUGUUGUGUAAGUAAAACGCUUUACUGAGGCGGUAAGAUGAGAGCCGGCUUCCUGUGUGGGAUUCAUCGCGCAAUUAAGUCAGGAGCGAGUGGUUUAAAUUAAAAUGGCACUCAGCAGGCGGAAUGUGCCGGAAUGAGGCGGCUCUGGUGACAUGUUCAGACCCCACCUGCGUGCCGGUUCUGUGGUUCGUGCGUGUGUGCGUACACUUUUUUAUUUUAUAAUCACCUGGUUCAUUAUGUUUCCUGGAUGUUUGUAUGGUUAUCUGUGUAAUUUGCGAGUUUUGCACGGUCUGGUGUUGGUGAUAAUUAAAGUUUGCUGGUAAUUAAAGUUUGGCUUUUCACCGCC